AUGCAUCCUCAUCCUACUCCAAACCCUUUCAUUCUCAACUACCUGAUCAAAACCUUCAAAUUCUCCAGAACCCGGGCACAGUCAAUAUCCAAUCGCUUCUCGUUCAUCAAAGCCCUAGAAAAGCCUCAAUCGGUGGUCCAAUUCCUCAAAAGCCUGGGGUUCUUGGAUACGCAUAUUGUAUCUUCAGUUCAUGUGUCACCACAAAUCCUCUUUGCUGAUGUUGACAGAACUCUCAAACCAAAGCUUCAUUUUUUUCAAGAACUUGGUCUUGUGGGAACUGAUUUGGGCAAGUUCAUUUCAAAAAAUUCGACGCUGCUGACUGUUAGUUUGGAUAGGAAGUUGAUCCCCUGCGUUGAGAUUCUUAAGAAAAUUCUACUAAAUGACGAUAAUAAUGAAAAUUUGAUCCGGGUUAUGCGAAGGUGCAAUUGGGUAAUCUCAAAAGACCCAAAAUCAAGGUUGCUCUGCAACAUUUCAUUAUUAGAGAGUUGUGGAAUUGUCGGGUCCCAACUCUCCAUGCUCUUGAAGCGGCAGCCUCGGCUAUUCAUCGUGAGGGAAUCGGAGCUUAGAGACCUUCUUUCCCGGGUUGUAGCCAUGGGCUUUUUAAUGGAUUCAAGGAUGCUGGUUCAUGCCAUUUACUCACUUAGUUGCAUAAGCGAUAAGACCCUUAGAAGAAAAUUUGAGUUGUUUCAGAAUUCUGGAUUCUCUGAGGUUGAAUGCAGGGAAAUGUUUAGGAAGGCACCUGGUUUGCUGAGGACAUCCGAUAGGAAGUUGAGUUUGGGAAUUGAAUUCUUCAUGAACACAGUUAAGUUAAACAAAGUGGUGUUAGUUCGGAGGCCAUCAUGUUUGAUGCACAGCAUGGAGGAUCGGGUGAUUCCUCGGUAUAGAGUUUUACAUGUUCUCAUGUCCCAGAGGCUGCUAAAGAAGAAACCAAGUUUUAUUAAUGUGUUGAAUUUUCCAGAGGAGGAAUUCUUGGAGAAGUUCGUACUGAGGUUUGAAGAUGAUGCUGAGGAAUUGCUGGAAGCUUAUAAGGGGGAUAUUUUAGAUUCUUCAUCAAUGGAAUAA